GUUUUGUGGGAUUUUUGGUGGUUGUUUUUUCUGGCUUGCUCAUCCUUAUUUGGAGGGAGGACUUCUAGGAGACUCCUGCAGAGAGGGAGCAAUUCUGAGCAGCGGAACAUAUCAGGGUGGGAAAUAGGAGUCAGGUGAUUUAUUCUCUAAUCUUUCCUGAGAGAUAUGUUUGUGGGCUGUUUAAAGGGAUUCAGAAAUUUAGACGUGGAAUGGCUUCAGAAAGGAUUUGUUGUUUUGCGCUGCAGACCCUCUGUCUGUCAGCUGCCUGUCAGUACAGUGUGCUGUAACACUGCUUUCUGCAAUGUCAGCAAGGAAUAAGAUCAAAAGAAUGGUUAGCAAAGGAGCAAUUAGACUAUUCACCACCAGUUCAUCAGAAUUGAUUUUUCUACACCUAAGGAUGCCAGACAAAUUAGACUACCUAAUACUGUCCCACUUGAAUUCAUAAAGUAUUUGGGAGAAGGGGGAAAAGACCCUGGUUUUUCUAGUCUAUGACUUUAAAAUACUCAUGACCGCAAUACUGUAGAUAUGACACUUCUGCAUAGCAAACUGGUUACUCAUAGCUGCAGUGUUGUAGUAUGACUUCAGCAUAGUAAAUGCAUUUUAGGCCUAAGAGGUUUGGCACUAACCAAAAGGUUAGUGAAAUACUGAUCAUCAGAAGCAACCCUCAUUCUCCAUGAUGGGAUAUUAUCAUGAUUCCAAUAUAAUAAUAAAAAAGAGCUGUGUAUGUGCUGAUUUCUGUUUUGGCAGGUUAAUGUAGCAAAGUGAGUACCCUUAGCCAAGCUGAACUCUAAAUAUAGACUGAAAGGGGCAGUCUGUUUCACAGCUAUCUUUAUGGGUACUGCAGGACUCGACAGGUUCCUAUGGGACUAAAAGUAGAGAGGAACUGCAGAACAAGUUUUCUUCGCGCGAUUUUCACUGGCUGAUUUCUUCCUUACUGGCACAUUACCUGAAUGUAAUUAUGUUAGACAAUGGAGAGGCCAUCCCUGGAAUUUAACCUGCCUGAUACUCAUGAAGAAGGAAAACUUUAUGUGGUUGAUUCCCUAAAUAACCUAAACAAGCUAAAUGUUUGCCCAGCUGAAUCCCAGCAUUCGCUAGAUGAGGAAGAGAACACUGGUGGUACUGGAGAAAGUAUGACAAGGAUCAACACAAGAAACCAAUGUUUGUUCUUCAUCACCUUUAUUCUUACUUUGAUCAUCAGUUUGGCACUUGUUUCAUUUGUCAUAUUCUUAAUAUUUCAAACUAGAAAUGAGGUGGACCAAAUAUCAAGCAGACUACUAUCUGAAAAGAAGAACAUAGAAGAGCUGAAGAAACUUAACAAUAUUAUAUUAAAGCAUCUGAAUCAAUCUAGAAUUAAGGAAAAGCCUUCUGAUCUUUAUGAUUUACCUCUUUAUCCUCUUUACGCUAAGAUCAAAGUCCCUGGAGAAUAAAUCUUCUUUGGAAAGAAAUCAGCAUAUUCAAAACUCAGAUAUUUUCACAUAUGGCACACAGGUUGCUGAAACAUGGUUGCUGAAACAUUGCUGGAAAAACCAACUGAUUGAAAAAUAUUACCAAAUAGUAUUUUAUCCUGUUUUAUGUGGACAUAGAUUUGUAAUACUAAGCCCAUAUGAUUCACAAUAAACAAUGGAUUGUCAGUUUGGGGCAAGACUUCCAGAUUCCCUGUGCAUUGUAAAUCACAGGGGUAAGGGCCUAGUUUUACUUCAAAUAUAAGUGAAUGAUCACAGAAAAUCACGAGUUCUAUUCACAUGAUUCCAGCAUGACCUUGUUCACUUAAUCGUUCUUCUGUUACCUUUGUACAAGCUUUCUGUCGGUUUCUGUUACUGUUUAUA